AUGUGGGUCUCAACUGUCCCCUACAAAGCCUUCUCACCCAAAACAAUGCCCAAGACAGGAAUCGAAGUUGUGUCGCCACGGCCACAACGUGGAGUACUAACCACUAUACUACUUGGCCGAAAGCAGACUACCCAGAAUGUGGGUCUCACUGUCCCCUACAAAGCCUUCUCACCCAAAACAAUGCCCAAGACAGGAAUCGAACCUGUGUCGCCACGGCCACAACGUGGAGUACUAACCACUAUACUACUUGGGCCGAAAGCAAUGUGGGUCUCAACUGUCCCCUACAAAGCCUUCUCACCCAAAACAAUGCCCAAGACAGGAAUCGAAGUUGUGUCGCCACGGCCACAACGUGGAGUACUAACCACUAUACUACUUGGGCCGAAAGCGUGA